CAGUAGAAGGGAUGAUUGGUAACGCUCUAUUUUUAGUAAGAUAAGGAGGAACUUGGAGGAACGCUUUAGGCUCCAGCCAGUUUGGCAGUCAGUCACAUAUGUGCAUAGCUAGUAUGAAAGUGAUCCACGAGUGAUUGAUAAGAUAGAAACCGAGUUUCAUAUCAUUUCCAGAAAAAUUUUUCCCGAACUGUUUGAAAAAUGCCUGGCAUAGAUUGGAUACCGGGUGUAUCGCAGGUGAAGGCCUUGGCUCAAGCGGUUACCGGUGAUACCGAGGGUGCCAUGAAAACCAUGGAGAAUUUUUGUAGGGAAUGCCCGGGAGUUUCGCAAGUAACUUCCGUAGUACAGCUUGCUGCAGGAGAUGCGGAAGGUGCAUUAGAAACUCAGAAAAUAUGCUUGGGUACCGUAAACAAUGUCGCAAAUGGUAUUCCUGUCAUUGGCCAUGCAAAAGGCAUUAUCCAUCACGCUGUCGGAGAUCCUGAAGGCGGCAACCAGGCGUUCAAUGCAGCAACUCGAUCUACAGUCGUUAUCUCAAGUGGUGCUGCUGCUUGCAUAGCAACAGGAGGAAUUGGCGCUAUUCCCGCCGGAAUAGCAGCUGGUGUUGGCUAUGAUGCUACAGCAAGCGCUAUAUCUGGUGAAGAUCAAGGGUAUAUUGCAGCGCUUAAAAAUGCUGCUGACAAUCCUUCAGCGGGCGCAUUUAUUGAUGCGCUCGCUAUUCCAGUGGGUGAUGGUUUGGCUGGCUAUUCGGGGGGACAAAUUGCGAAUAAGAUACAGCUGAAUCAUUUAGAAUCUCUUAGAGCAGCUAAAUUAGAUCGGAUCGAUGCGGCUGGUACUUCCGGUGAAGCAUUGCAACUUGGACGUGAAGCAAAUGCUUUAACUUCGAAAAUAAAUACAAUUAAAUAUGGUACGCCACACUUCUGGGAUGAUGCAAAGUCCGGAACAGUUGUUUCCGAGGCAUCCACUUCGAAUGUUGCAAUUCCUGUAGUUGUAGGGCCAGAGGAUGCAUUAUACCAUGAUUCAUACGUGGAGGUCAUUAUCACUGAGAAUAAUAGAAAAGAAGCGCAAAAAAGAAUGUACGAACGUGACAAACAAACACCAGAGAGAAGUAUUUCUCAAGCAUACAAGGACGUAAAAUUUAUUUCGCCCGAAACAUUAUCCGAUUUGCUAGAAAGUACUAAUGGAGAUCCAAAUCGUGACCCAAAUCGUGAACCAAAUAAUAAUUUAAAGGAAUGCGUAAGCCAAUUGAUAAGUUGGUCAUGGUUGGCUUUGAUUAUGCCAAAAGAAUUUCCGUACACGGCAGUAACUCAAUUAAACAGCUGUCAUGGAGGCUUGUAUCACAGUUUCAUUCGUCAUAUAAAUGAGUGGGCACAAGUUAUUCCCUCUGAUCUCAGUCGAGUAAUUGAUCGUUUGUCUCCACUUAUGGCCGAAAUUAACGACGUUGCAUCCGCGAAUAACGAAUUCGAUGCUGCAGAAGCUCGAAAUGCAUUUUUACAAGCUAGAAGACGACUGAAUCGUGAAACAUAUAAUGAUCUACAAGUGGCAUUAGUUGAAAUUCAGAUGACAAUGCAUCGUUUUAUUCAAGAAAAUAUCACCUUCGACAAUUAUCAGGGAAGAAGUGUUAAUACGAAUGGUGGGGAGCGAUUAUAUUUUAAAGUAGAAACGGAGGUGGGACCAAAGGCCAUGGUUAUUUGCUUAACGAACGAGCGAUUUGAGCCUAGAACAGGAGAUAGGCGCCCAAUAAGAAUGCUUUUAACGGUGUUCUUUGAACCUUGGAACGUUUUCAAGUCUCACGGCAUGCUUGAAACAAAAAAAGAAAUGCAAAAGAAAACACAAAAAUGAAAUUUGUAUACAUUUUAUGCAAUUUAUCCAUACAUAUGUAAGUACAUAUAUCAGGAAACUUGGUAGAGUUUCGCGCCUAAUAUACACUAACAUACGUUAUAUACUUAUGCGCGACGCCAUGUGAGUGCGUGCGCGCGCACGAUUUUUAGGAGCGAUCGCACUUAUACAGAUUCGCUGCAUGGAGUUCCGUACGUGACAUCAGCGCGUGCCCGAUGCUCCGCGCUCGCCGCUUCGAAACAACAAUGUACUUUAAACUCAUUGUUUUCAUCUUUCGCUGACUCGUGCGAACCACGUCGUUCACGACUCGCGUAUUCGGUGUUUACCGAUGUAUUGAAGUUUUGCUAAUUACCAUCGUUUGACCGUGAGCCGGAAUAUUUCAGGACAAAUGUUUUGCAAUAAAAUUACCAAUGUAGGGGACAAAUAUUUCAAUUGAAGGAUUUUAUCAUCCGAGCUCUUUAAUUCAUUCUUAAAAUGAUUAUUAUAAUUUAAAUUUUUGCAAUGAAUGAGAUAACGGUAGCAACAUGAGCGACUAAAUAAUAAUACUAACGAUAAAAAAGAUUGAUACUGUUAUCUUACGGUACGAUUUUAAUUAAUUUCACAUUACUUAUUAAAGUCACCUUAUGGACGGUGAAAGAAAUAAUGAAAAGCUGAACUCAUAAUAAAAAAAUUACAUAAGUGUAAUGUGUUUCGUGCGAUUGCUAUCAACUGUAAAAUGUGCCGAAAAAAAUUUACGUAAAAAACCGUACCCACCCUUCCCCUACGUCAGGAUUUGAUCUUGCGACACGUACGUUACACCUGACGUCAUACCGACUACGUCGAACUAUGCUGUUGGGUACCUCCUUCCAUCUAGGUUUUAUGUGUCCCUACGGAACAUUCAUAAUUUUUUUAUUAAUUUCCGUAGCUCGUAAAAAUUGUAUCUAUAGUAUAACUCAACU